CGCGCCGGGGGCGGGCUCGCUGCGCGUGCCGGGCAGGAGGCGGCGCGGGCCGGCGCGGAGGACGUCCGCCGCGGGGGCGGCUCCGGGGCCUGAACAGCAGCCGCCGCCGCCGCCGCUGCCGCAGUCUCAGGCGAGGGGGGCCGGGCAGGAGACGCGGAGGAGGUUGCGGCCGCGCGGGCCCUCGCCGACGCCCCCAGCUUCGAGCCAGGUGGGGAGCCCGCGGCGGCUGCGGCGGCCCGGCCGGGGAGGGGCGCUGAGGCGGGUGCCGGGCGAGGCAGGAUGAUUGAGGAGAGCGGGAACAGGCGGAAGACCAUGGCCGAGAAGAGGCAGCUGUUCAUCGAAAUGCGUGCUCAGAAUUUUGAUGUCAUCCGACUGUCAACGUACAGGACAGCUUGCAAGUUACGAUUUGUACAGAAACGAUGCAACCUCCACCUCGUUGAUAUCUGGAACAUGAUUGAAGCCUUCCGAGACAACGGCCUUAAUACCCUGGACCACACAGCUGAGACCAGUGUGUCCCGCCUGGAAACCGUCAUCUCCUCCAUCUACUACCAGCUGAACAAGCGCCUUCCCUCCACCCACCAGAUCAGCGUGGAGCAGUCCAUCAGCCUCCUCCUCAACUUCAUGAUCGCAGCAUACGACAGUGAGGGCCGAGGCAAGUUGACGGUAUUUUCAGUUAAAGCUAUGUUAGCAACCAUGUGUGGUGGAAAAAUGCUGGACAAAUUGCGAUAUAUUUUCUCACAGAUGUCAGAUUCCAAUGGCUUAAUGAUAUUUAGCAAGUUUGACCAGUUUCUGAAGGAAGUGCUGAAGCUCCCGACAGCUGUCUUCGAAGGACCGUCCUUCGGCUACACGGAGCACUCAGUCCGCACCUGUUUCCCGCAGCAGAAGAAGGUAAUGCUCAACACGUUUCUAGACACGAUGAUGGCCGACGCUCCGCCCCAGUGCCUUGUCUGGCUGCCGCUCAUGCACAGGCUCGCACACGUCGAGAACGUCUUCCAUCCCGUGGAGUGCUCCUACUGCCGCUGUGAGAGCAUGAUGGGCUUCCGGUACCGAUGCCAGCAGUGCCACAACUACCAGCUCUGCCAGAACUGCUUUUGGCGCGGCCAUGCCAGCGGCAGUCACAGCAACCAGCACCAGAUGAAGGAGCAUUCCUCUUGGAAAUCCCCUGCAAAGAAGCUGAGCCAUGCAAUUAGUAAAUCUUUGGGGUGUGUGCCCACCAGAGAGCCCUCGCAUCCUGUGUUUCCUGAGCAGCCAGAGAAACCACUGGAUCUUGCACAUAUAGUUCCUCCCCGCCCUCUGACUAAUAUGAAUGACACCGUGGUUAGCCACACGUCCUCCGGAGUGCCCACGCCCACCAAGAGGUCACAGUGCAGCCAGGGUGUAGCCGGUGCCUUGGCCGAUGAGCAUGCGCUGAUAGCCUCCUAUGUGGCCCGUCUGCAGCACUGUGCACGCGUCCUGGACAGUCCUAGCCGACUGGACGAGGAGCACCGGCUGAUAGCGCGCUACGCUGCCCGGCUGGCUGCAGAGGCAGGAAACACGACUCGACCUCCCACGGACCUGAGCUUCAACUUUGAUGCCAACAAACAACAAAGACAGCUCAUCGCAGAACUGGAAAACAAGAACAGGGAGAUCCUGCAGGAGAUCCAGCGCCUGCGCCUGGAGCACGAGCAGGCGUCGCAGCCCACGCCUGAGAAGGCGCAGCAGAACCCCACGCUGCUGGCCGAGCUGCGGCUGCUGAGGCAGAGGAAAGACGAACUGGAGCAGAGGAUGUCAGCGCUGCAGGAGAGCCGGCGUGAGCUGAUGGUGCAGCUGGAGGGGCUGAUGAGGCUGCUGAAGGAGGAAGAGCAAAAGCAGGCAGCGCAGGCCGCGGGGUCCCCGCACACGUCACCCACUCACGGAGGUGGCCGCCCCAUGCCCAUGCCCGUCCGCUCCACGUCAGCCGGCUCCACGCCCACCCACUGCCCGCAGGACUCACUGAGCGGCGUCGGCGGAGACGUGCAGGAGGCGUUCGCACAAGGUACGAGGAGAAACCUGCGCAGUGACCUGCUGGUGGCUGCCGACUCCAUCACCAACACCAUGUCAUCCCUGGUGAAAGAGCUCCGAUCAGGGCUGGGGCUUCCACGGCGUCCAGGAAGCGAGUGGCCCCUUCCUGCGCGCCGUGCUCGCUCGCGCCAGGGCCCGCCUCGUCUCCGUUCACUCGUCGUGUGCUUCGGAGCACCCGGCAGUAGCUGCAGAAGGUUAUUCAGUAGAAACCUGGGCAGCUUUUUCACAGCCAUUCCAACACGUACACCUCGACUGAGACAGCCCUGGCAGAAGAAGAUGCAGACGAAGAAGACGACAAGAUGCAGAACGGCAAAGACAGAGGUUAGCAGAGCAGCGGGCACACAGAGAAGCCCGGCCCGCAGGACGAGGAGCACGCCGGCCCCGACACGACGAAGGCACGGGCGUCCGCCCGGAGGCGCAUUCCUGCCCGGCCCGCCGCCGCCGCCGCACACCUGCACCGGGCCUGCGGGCGCCGGGCGGAGCGCGGGGACGCGCGAGCCGGCGCGGGGCAGGGGCUCGCCCGGGCGCCGGAACUGGCCCCGGAGGUUGGAAAGAGAAAAAAGAAAAGGCACGGAGCGUUGUCGUGUGUGCUUGUGCGUGCGUGCGUGUGUGUCGGUUCUGACGGGGCGCCCCAGCGCGGGCGGGACCUCCGCGAACCCACGCCUCCCUCCGCCAGGGGGCGCUCGGGGGGGCGCCGUUCCCACGCAGCCGCUCCCCGCGGGCUUGCGCGCAGCUCGGGCACGUGACGCUCAGUCCAAUUCCUGGUGAUUUUCAUUUAUUUUUUUUCCCUCCUCCCCGGGUUCCAGGAUGUUAUUUUUAGUAGAAGAGCUGCUAUAAAUAUUUAUAAAGGGCAGCGGCUGGAAUGAAGUGAGAGGCCCCACGGCCGGCUCUGCGACCCCUGGUCUAAGGUCCGCGCAGCCCGUGGGGGUGGAGCACCCCGAAACCUGGAGGAGUGGCAGGGGCAGCAUUAGGUGUCCCCACCUGUCCCCUCCACCUGCCCCUUCUCCCACGCCCUCCCCCCACACACACAUCUUCACGGCUCUGAGAACUGGGCUCGAAUUGUGGGGGCAGGGGAGACCCUUGUCCUCCACCCCUGCCUGUCCCCACACGGAUCGGGCAGGCAGGCAGAGGAGGGAAAAAAAGUGGGCUUGUCCACGUUCAGCAGACCGGGGGGGGGGCGGAGGAGGGUGCGCCACCCGUGGAAGGUUCCAGGGGUGCUGGGUGGGAUUGGGGAUCAGGGUGCGACAGGUCUCAGCGGUGACCCGGCUCGGCCCCUGUGCCUUCCCCACGACCCUGGCCUCCCUGGCCCCUGAGGACAGCACAUCCCCACCAGGGCAGAGAAAGCUAAAGGCGCCGUCAGGCUGACAGCGCAGUGUCCCCUCGCCUCCGCGGGUGGGUGCCGGCCCGGGCGCGGGCUGUGCGGGGCGCGCCACCCGCGGCCUCUCUCAUUCCGCCUUCUGCAAAGAGCAGCGUUCCUCUCUUCUCGGUCCUGGCCGCCUGUUGGUGGGGAUGCGGUGGGCGCCCGCUGUAGCGUUGUUGACAGGUGAUUUCUUGUGGAGCUGCGGUAGCCGCUGUCGCCGUCUGCAGCCUGGCCUGGAGCGCGGAUGCUCUUCCUGCGCCGGGCACGUCCUCCUGGCUGGCUGCGGCCGUUUCGGAGUGUAGCCUCCACGGGUGACCUGACCCCCACACACUCUCCCCCGCCCCGCUGAGACCCUGCACGGGUACUGAUUGCAUCCCAGGUCGGGACGUAGCCGCAGCCCCCCUGAGCUCUGGCCUAUGGCUCCCAGCCCCCCUGAGCUCCUGGGCAGGUGCACAGCCCUCGCACCUGCUGGCUGGGCCUUUCAUCCCCUUGCAGACCCCUCUUCUGCCUUGCUCCGUGGUCCAUGACAGCUUCAGGAAGGUACCGUUGCUAUGGCAAUGCCAGCAGCCCUCUGAAUUCCUACUGCACCUUCGGAGGAAAAGGGCCCUGAAGAGGCAGUCGGCAGAUGCCGGUCCGCUGGGGCCUCAGCGCACCACCAGGGGUCAGGUGACCAGAGCAAGGCAAGACAGUAAAUACAGCAGCAAACCCCGUGCCUGGGCACCCCCAUGUGGGGACGAGGACGCGAAAGGUUUCCUACCUGCAGUUCUGCAUGGCUCUCAAGCCCACAUCACAGCCCCAGGAGGGCUCGUGAACUUCCGGGUGGCUUGGCUGUGCCUCGGGAGCUGCGGGUGCAGCCCGAGCACCUGCAGCUGUAGCCAGCUCCCAGAUGGCAGAGGUGCGGUUGGUCCGAGACCCCACAGUGGGAACCGCUGCAGUGUGCCGAGGAGGGAAGGAUCCUAGGUGCAGGAAGCCCUCGCCAGGCAGGUGGAGAUUGGCCAGAGCCAGUUGUCUGCACUGGAGGAAGACGAGAGAGGGCCUCGGGAGCCAGGGGCCCCGGGAAUGUCUGUGGGGCUGAUGACCCUCACACUGAGCUUCUGUUGGUCCCCACAGUCCAUGAUAAACACAGAUCUGAGACGUGGACAGGGGCCAGCCCUCAGGCAGGGCCCGUGAGAGAGUAGCAAGGCUGCCCAGAGGUAGGGUGUGUCCAGUACAGACCUGCAGUGGGGUGGGGGUGGGGGUGCCAGAGGCCGCCUGGCUCAGGCACUGACCCCUGCAGUUGUAGCUCCACACCGAGGUGCUGUCCCUAGGAUGCAUCUCCCACACUGCACAGCGUGGAGCCUCCCGGUGAGCUGCCACCUGCCGCCAUCUCUCAUGGGUGUUACGGGUCAAUGAGAGUAGACAGUUCCUAUGGAAACCAAGACCUGGUUAUGGGCCGGCACCGCGGCUCACUAAGCUAAUCCUCCGCCUUGAGGCGCCAGCACACCGGGUUCUAGUCCCGGUCGGGGCGCCGGAUUCUGUCCCGGUUGCCCCUCUUCCAGGCCAGCUCUCUGCUGUGGCCAGGGAGUGCAGUGGAGGAUGGCCCAGGUGCUUGGGCCCUGCACCCCAUGGGAGACCAGGAAAAGCACCUGGCUCCUGCCAUCGGAUCAGCGCGGUGUGCCGGCCGCAGCACACCGGCCGCGGCGGCCAUUGGAGGGUGAACCAACGGCAAAGGAAGACCUUUCUCUCUGUCUCUCUCUCUCUCUCACUGUCCACUCUGCCUGUCAAAAAAAUAAUCAUAAUAAAAGACCCGGUUAUGAGCA